GCGGCCUUGACCAUGACCCGGCUGAUGUUGGGUCGAACCCUGGAGCGGAUCUGCAAGGCCGUCCUGCUGCUGUGCACGGUGCACUUCCUCAUCAUGAUGAUCCUCUACUUCGACGUGUACAGCCAGCGCUUCGACAUCUUCAGCCGCUUCAACAACGGCCGCAACGCCUCGCGGGCGCACCACUACUACUACAACCUGUCCCGGCCCAACAGCACCUUCCCCAGCUACCUGGCCACCGCCGACCAGCUGCUGCCCAGCGGCCGGCCCGAGGCCAACCACACGCCCACCGCCAAGCCGGUGCCGCCCUGCCCCGAGUCGCCGCCCGGCCUGGUCGGCCGUCUGCACAUCGAGUUCAGCUCCCUGAUGACGCUGGAGCGGGUGCAGAGGGAGAACCCCAGCGUGACGGAGGGGGGCAGGUACACCCCCCCGGACUGCCGGGCCAAGCAGAAGGUAGCCAUCAUCAUCCCCUUCCGCCAUCGGGACAACCACCUCAAGUACUGGCUGCACUACCUGCACCCCAUCCUCCGUCGACAGAAGAUUGACUACGGCAUCUUCAUCAUUAACCAGCUGGGAGAGGACACCUUCAACAGGGCCAAGCUGCUGAACAUCGGCUACAAGGAGGCGCUGAAGGAGGCGGAGUACGACUGCUUCAUCUUCAGCGACGUGGACCUGAUCCCCAUGGACGACCGCAACCUGUACCACUGCUACGAUCAGCCGCGACACUUCGCCAUCGCCAUGGACAAGUUCGGCUUCAGGCUGCCCUACGCGGGGUAUUUCGGAGGCGUCUCUGGACUGAGUAAAAAACAGUUCCUGAAAAUCAACGGCUUCCCCAACGAGUACUGGGGCUGGGGGGGAGAGGACGACGACAUUUACAACAGGAUCACGCUCAACGGCAUGAAGGUGUCCCGGCCGGACGUGCUGAUUGGACGCUACAGGAUGAUCAAGCACGAGAGAGACAAGCACAAUGAGCCCAACCCACAGAGGUUCAAUAAAAUCCAGAACACCAAGAACACCAUGAAGAAGGACGGCAUCAGCUCCCUGACGUACCGGGUGGUGCAAGUGAAGAAGUACCCUCUCUACACCAACAUCUCUGUGGAGAUCGGCAAGCCCCCGCCCCGGCCUAUCAGGGGAUAG